CAUUCCUAAUCAAUUCAUUUUUGGUAUAAAAUCCUUGGUCGGCACUAGGUUGGUGUAUUGCUGAAAAAAAUAUUUUUUAUGUGUGGACAUAGUACUGCCAAAUUUAUAUAAAAUUGGACAUAAAAAUGAGUGCCAUACCCCAUAUCGCCGGUUUGACCAAUAAAACUAUAUUUUUAAUUGAGCAUAAGGAGCCAUAUGGAGAAAAGAUUCUCCGAGAUGAAACCACUGCAAAUGUUCGUGGCAUCGUUUUUAGUCCAAAAGGCACUUACUUCGCGUAUAGAACAGACAGAAAGGCCGAGAUCAUAGGAUGUGCAGAAUGGUCAGUAACAGCUACUAUAGAUGGCAACAUAAAGGAAAUGGCUUUUUCACCUCUCGACAAUUAUUUUAUGGUUUGGGAAAUGUAUGCCAUUACGAAAGAUAAUCCAGAGGGUAAACCAAACCUGCGGAUAUACAAGUCAGCUAAUGGUCAACUUGUUGGAUCAUUUGUGCAAAAAAAUCAGCUUUUGUGGGAACCAAAAUGGUCUUCAGAUGAAAAGCUAUUUGCUAUUCAAAUGAAUAACAGAGUGUUAAUAUAUGAAGAUGGGAAAUUGGAUAAUUAUGUGCAAUCUAUCAAUGCAGAUAAGUUGAAGUCAUUCAGCUUGGCACCAAGUGCAGCACCUAAUUAUUACUUCUCAGUGUUCACAUUAGGUAAGCAAGGGCAGCCAUCUUUCUGGCGUGUGUUUAAAUACCCUCAGUUCAAUGUGAACGAAGCUCUGGUGAGCCGCUCGUCGUUUCAGGCAGACAAAGCCUCCUUCCAAUGGAACAGAAGAGGCACUAACCUAUUUGCUUUGACGCAAACUGAUGUGGAUAAAACUGGCGGAUCUUACUAUGGCCGACAGUCUCUUUCUUAUGGUGAUAUAAAAGGGAAUUCAGGAAUGGUAUCAUUUAGCAAAGAAGGCCCGAUCCACGCAAUAUCAUGGAACCCGGCUAACUGGAGCGAGUGGGUGGCGGUGUACGGGCACGCGCCCGCGAAGGCCACAGUGUUUAACGUUAAGUGCGAGCCGCUUUUCGAAUUCGGCACCGGCGCGUGGAACUCCAUCUACUUCGCGCCUGAAGGAACUUAUGUGUUGCUCGGUGGCUUCGGUAACAUAGCGACAGGGCACAUCGAAGUAUGGGACAUGCGCGGGUAUAAGAAGGUGGGCUCUUGUUCGGCACCCGAUACCACGAGUCUGCAGUGGGACCCGCGCGGAGAGACCUUCCUCACGGCCUCCACGUACCCUAGGCUCACUGUUGGCAAUGGAUACAAAAUCUGGCACUACACAGGUGCUUUGAUGCACAAAAGAGAGUGUCAAGAAAAAGAGAACCUUCUAGCCAUAAUGUGGCAACCAGGAUCGUAUGCGAAAAGUGAUCUAGCUAAAUCAGCGCCUAAGCCGAUUGAAGAUUCUACGCCCAAGCCAGUUGGGGCUUAUCGACCACCUGGCGCUAGAAAUAAGCCGUCUACAUUUACUUUACAUGAGCAUGAAAAGCCACACAAACCCGGCGAAUCGCCUAGUGCGGCACCAUCGAAACAAGCCAUCAAACAGAAAGAGAAGCGCGAAGCUCGCAAAGCGCGCAAGGCCGAGGAGAAGGCGCGCGGUGACGCCACACCCGAGCCGCCGCUCGCAACGUCACCUAAACCACAGUUUGUCUCCACCGGGGACCCCGACAAAGACAAGAAAAUUAAAAAUCUUAAUAAGAAAUUAAGUGACAUAGAAAAGUUAAAACAACAGAAAGCAGCGGGCAAGCAGCUGGAACUCAACCAACUGGCGAAGAUUCAGAACGAACAAGCUCUUCAAAAGGAGUUAGACCAACUAAGGUUAUGAUGUUUCCACCACAGUUGAAUUGCUCAAGACAACAUAAUAUACAUAAUCUUAUCUUAAGUAAUGAGCCUAAAUUGAUAUAGGUAAAUACGUAUUAUAUUUAUAUAACGCUAAAAUGCAUUUUCGUAUUGUAAAUAAGCAUGCAAGUAUGCGUAUCGGCAUAUUACUUAGCCUCUCGAUAAACGGAAGGUAACUUCUACGGGUUAAUCUGCGUACUAAUACUUCUCGCAAGUCAAUCUACUGUCAAAAACAGCUAAUACUUACGAACAAACGUUGAUUAUUUAAAUACUUAUGAUAUAAUACCUCACGCCACCUGUAUUGAAUAUCUGAAAAUACUCUUCUAUAAUAAUGUUUAAAUCAUACAUGAAUCAUAGAUAAAUCAUACAUGACAAGAUGUAUGCCGAUACCUAUAAUACCAUGAUAACGAUUGCGGAUAAAAAUAAUAAAAUAAUUUUGUUGAAGCUUUUUGGACUUUGAUCUGCAAAUUAGGGCACUCGUCUGCCUAAAUUAAAUAUAAAUAUAUUUUCCUAACUUAAUAAUUGUUUUAAAUGCAAAUAAUUAAAAAAAUAAACUCGAUAAUUUAACAACUUUUUUUGCUAGAAGAUAAUGUUUGUUGUGUUAUUCAGUUGUAUUAUUAAGUGCGUGACUUGAUUAACAAUACAUUAUUAUAUUUUAACCCUAAGGAUAACAUUUUGUUUUAGACAGAGCAUUAUUAAUAACCGACUAAAAUACAAUCUCAUUUUAAACCAGUUAUGAAAUCGAAUUUAGAUUUAUAUUCAAAAUUCCAAUAUAGCAAAUUAUUUAAUUAGGUAUAAUAUUAUUUUUACACUUUUUCGCACCUUUGACAUGUUCGAGGGAUUCGUGAUUUUCUUUGGUUUAUGUUCACCAUUGAUCCAGAGUUGGGUUUAUUCAAAUCAACUGUGAAUGAUAAUUAUUUGUUAAAUAGUUACGGGCGGCUCGCGAAAACAUCAUUCGGGCAUGCCAAUACGCUUAUAAUUAUUAUUCUUCAUUCAUUGUACUAGCCACUAAAAAUAUGUUCGAACCUAAAAAAAGGUCGCUAGAAAACAGGCGCGCGAGGAGUUACAGUCGGUCCUGGAUGCAACUUUACAAGCACAUUAUUAUUUAUUCCAUAAGUAACGGCACGUUAACCAAUAAACAUUCGCCAUCUUUGGGAUAGGCUAUUUAUUCCAUGUUUUUUCUCUGUACCUAUGCUAACUCAUUUAUAAUGCGAAUUUUAUAAACACCAAGUUCAAAUAUGUAAUAGAUACGCAUUGCUAUAAACAUAUAACAAGCCUACCCAUCGAUCUAGCAUAAACCAAUUUUUCAGUAAUCCUUACAUAUUAUAACACUAAGUUCCCCGCCGCGUGUCUGUCAUUUUGAACAUGGUAAGCUACCGGACGGAUUCUGAUGCCAUUUUCUAAGGAGACAGUCUGAGAUCAUGAAAACGACGCUGAUAAAGCUACUCUUAAAGUUCUUGUAGUUCAUCCCGGAAAAAUAUAUAGUGGGAAUUUUAUUCCGGAAGAAAUCUCACGUGGGUGAAACCGCGAACAAAAGCUACUUCCUGUAUUUCAUACUAUCGUCUCUCUAUUUAAUAAGUAUGGCGUUAAGCAUUGAAAAUCGUAAUUGCUGGCCAUAGAAUAUUACUGGUAGGUCACGGCAUCUUAGUGCAUUUCGUACGCAUUUACACUGAUUGCGCCAUUUAGUGUAUUCUUUAGUCAUUUUAAUUGCUUUCUUUUGGCCUCUACAAUUAUUGGUUGACACGAAAAUAAUAUUAUUAAGGUUUAUACUCUUUGUAUAUUGUAUUUAAGAAUACAGAAAAAUUACCUACUAGAUAAAUAUUGCUAUGUAAGAAGUAUUCUAUGGUGAAGUAACCAUAAAAUAAAUAUUUUCGGCGACAUAGCUUAGUAAUUAUUAUAUAAUGAAAUUUGAACCUACUUUCAAUAAAGUCCUGUUUGAGUAGUAUCUUAAAAUACUGAAAGACGAAAGUUAGUUAGCUAAGAAAUAUUUUGGCUAAAUUGAAUGAGAAAUAUUGUUAAAGAUAAAAUAAAAUAGUUGAAGACUAAUUAUUAAGCUUGUAAAAUGCAUAUUUUUAUAUUAUGUAACGAAAGUAUGAAUAAUUAUAUUCUUAUAUACGUUAAAUAUGGUUUGUGUUGACGACAUGUUUUCUGUUUUGUUUUGGUUAAUCUAUUCAUAAUAAACUGGAUUUUUUAUUUUUAAA